GAACAUCACUAUACUACAUGUAAGUUACCGCGCCAGCUACGCAGAUCACAUAUGCCGCCUGGAAUCCACAGGCAUGCUUCUUGAAAUGCCAUCUUAAUUUGUAGGGAUCGGCAAAGCAUACCGAAGUGCCCGAGAAAUGGUGGGUAUAAAAGGGCUGCUGGGUGCGAGCGAUGAUGUUAGAAAACAACACGAUUUUAAGUAUGCAAGAGUUAUGACCACGUAGAAAGAUCAUGUCAAUUCAACUCCUAGUUACCGCUGUUGGUUGCGUCGCCAUCUUGGCAUUGGUACAGUCCUUGCUGUCGCCUCUCCGCUCAAUUGGUGGGCCCUUUCUGGCCCGUUUCACAGACCUAUGGUAUGGCUGGAGGGUUUAUAGUGGCCAUUUCGAGAUAGAAAACCUCGAACUUCACAAAAAGCAUGUUCGCUAUGGGCCCAACCGCUUCAGUUUUGACGACCCCGAUGUUUUGAGGACGAUCUAUGGACCUGGGUCACAAUUCAAAAAGUCCGACUGGUACGACGCAUUCAAUUUACCCAAACCGUUGGCGUUUGAGCAGUGGAACAUCUUCUCGACGACCGACCCGAAACUGCAUUCGGAACAACGCAAGCCAUUCACCUCUAAUUACUCAAUGUCCGCGUUGGUAUCUUUCGAACCCUACGUGGAUCAAUGUGCAGAUAUUUUCGACCAACGUCUCACUGAAGUCGUGGACACUGGCGUUCCUAUCGAUUAUUCUCAUUGGCUUCAGUGCUAUGCAUUUGAUGUGAUUGGCGAUAUCACUUUUGGAAAGCGUUUUGGUUUUCUGGACAGUGGCCACGAUGUCGGGGGAGUCAUGGCUGCACUUGACACGUCUUUUACCUACUCAGCCACGGUGGGCGUGUUCCCAAGUAUACAUCCAUACCUUUUCAAGCUGAUGGGCCUGGCUGCUGGCAAGAAAAAUACCGGUAUGCAGUAUGUCAAUGCCUUCACUGAGGACAGCAUCAAAGAAUUUCGCAAUAAGCCCAAGACAUCUAAGGCAGCAUCAGAAAAUAAUACCGGCAUGAAACCAUUGCUUGAUAAGUUCUUCAAGAAGCACGAAGAAGACCCUGCGCACUUUUCCUCUUACCACAUCUACACUGGUGCUGCGACAAAUGUCGGUGCUGGGUCAGAUACAACGGGAAUCAGCCUCUCUGCAACAUUUUACUAUCUGUUAAAGAACCCCGGAACAUUGAGAAAAUUGCGGGAUGAGAUCGACGAUAAAUCCACACAGGGACAGCUAUCCGAUCGGCCGACAUUCAAAGAAACACAAGGCAUGCCAUACCUUCAAGCGGUCAUUAAAGAAGCACUGCGACUCCAUCCUGCCACAGGAUUGCCACUCGAACGCGUAGUCCCUGAGGGAGGUGCAAUCAUAUUAGGCAGGUUCUUUCCUGAAGGUACUAUCGUUGGGGUGAAUACUUGGGUGGAGCAUCGAAACAAGCAAGUAUGGGGUGAAGACGCUGAGCGUUUCCGCCCAGAAAGGUGGUUCACAGAUGAUACAGAGAGGAUGGGCUUGAUGAACCGCCACUGGAUUCCCUUCGGUGCAGGAUCUCGUGUGUGUAUCGGCAAAAAUAUAUCACUUCUCGAAAUGCAAAAGCUUAUUCCUCGGGUUGUCCGUGACUUUAACCUAGAGAUCGAGGGCGGCAACCAUAGAACCUGGGACACAUUGAACCACUGGUUCGUCAAGCCGAUAAACUUCCGAGUAAAAGUAUCAAAGAGGAAGAAGGAAUGACUUACAAGUUCUGAGAUGUGUUUGUGGGAGUUCUCGUGUAAAUUGCACAGCUGAGCCAAGUU